GCAGCCCCGGCUGUGCCGACCCACCUGUGAGGGGAAGGAGCCGGGGCAGCGGUGGAUGGAGGAGCGGACAGCGGCCUGGCCAUGGAAAGGAUUGUGAGAUGUUUGCUGCUGCUCUCUGUGCUCUGCCUGGCUGGCUGUGAAGGCAACAAGAGUGAGCUGGCAAGCACCCAUGGCCUGAGGCCAGAGGUUGCCCUCCGUGUCAAGAGGAGCCCAGAUGCCUGCCUGCCAAACCCGUGCCAGCACCAGGGGCAGUGCCAGGUGACUGUGGACAGACCAGUUUGCAGCUGCAAGCCAGGCUUCACAGGGGAAUUCUGCCAAGAUAUGGUACUGAAGUUGGCCUGUGAGGAAGAGCACAUGAAGAUGAUGGUGAGGAAGGAAGUGUUUGAGCUCUUGAAAAUCCCGCUGGAGCUUGUCCACUUGAAGAACCAGGCAUGCAAGGUCUCAGAGAGGGAAGAAGAGGGUGAGCUGUUUUUUGCAGCCACUCUCACAGGUGAAAACCACACUGCCUGUGGAUCAGUAAUCCAGCAAAACAGUUCCCAUGUCUCGUACUCCAACAUCAUCAAGUCAGAGCAGGAGGCCCACAGGGCCACGAUCUCUCGGAGUUUUCAGCUGGAGGUGCACUUCUCCUGCAUCUACGCCUAUGAGCAGGUUGUGAGACUGCCCUUCACUCUCACUGCUGUUGACAAGCUGGUGCAGUUUGUGGUCAGAGAAGGACACUUCAAUGUCAGCAUGAGACUGUACAAGUCCCCCUCCUACCUGGAGCCUUAUCCCCUGCCAAGUGUGGCUGUCCCCAUCAUGGACACACUCUAUGUCCUGCUGAAAUUAGAAGGGCAGCACCAGCUCAAGUACUUCCUGCUGAGUGUUUUGGAAUGCUGGGCCACACCGAGCACAGAUCCACACCAGGAUGUGCAGCACAAGCUCAUUGAGCAGGGGUGUCCCCAUGACGAGACGGUGACCUAUCUGAAUGCCAUUGGAGAGAGCACUAGUGCCAAGUUCAGCUUCCAGAUGUUUCAGUUUGUUGGUUACCCUGAGGUGUUCCUGCACUGCCGUGUCCAGCUCUGUCUUCCUGACAGCCCAGAGCGCUGUGCCAAGCAAUGCCCCGGGCACUGGAGGAACAGGCGGGCACUGGCAGAUGAUUACAAUAGGAUUGUCUCCUAUGGGCCCAUCCUCCUGCUGGCUGCUCCUUCCUCGGGAGCAGAGACCCAUCAUUCCAGCACGGACCAGCAGGGACACAGCCCAUGGCUCUCCAGGGCCCUCGUUCCGCUGUGUGUGCUCGCUGUGCUCUCCGUGGCUGCUGCGGCCGUCAGCGUGGGGCGGCGAAUGGUUUAGGAAACAGCUGUUUCCCAAUA